AUGCGACGACUGCUGGGCCGUUCACUGUGGGCCAAUCGUGCCACCAUCGGUGCCGUCGCUGGACCUUCGAUACGCCUCAUGACGAACACGACAGCCGCGUCGUCCGCACCAACGCCGUUUUUUCGCCGCUGGCAGCACCAGUCCGCUGAACUCUCGUCCUCCUGCGCGUUUACGCAGGCGGAGCGUCGUUGGCAGAGCUGCAGCGCCGGACAGCAAGACUUCUACGCGGUACUGGGGGUGAGGCCGGAUGCCACGCAGGAUGAAAUCAAGGCUGCAUACAAGAAGUUGGCUCUCGAGUAUCACCCAGACCGCAACCACCAGCCAGGGGCUGAGGAGAAGUUCAAGUCUAUCUCGGCCGCGUACAGCGUCAUUGGACACAGGGAGAAGCGUCGUGAGUACGACCCGCAGCGGGCUAUGUCGAGUGCCAUGGGCGGUGUGUCCUACAACAGCGGCACAACCACCGUUAUGCUAACGGGUACCCCUCCGCUUUUCGGGCGCAAGGAACGCGGCGACUAA